AUGUCGGCGAACGGGACCCAGGACCGCCCGGUUACAGUGGCGGAGCCACACACUCGCGGAGGCACGCACGAGAGGACGGUGCGCUCGCCAGGUGUCUGUUCAUCUCUCCCGCGCUUCCUGCGUCUCAGGUUCACACCGGAGUCUCUCGAGAAAGUUUAUCAAACUUAUUUUCUGCGGCAGCGGCAGGAGACGUUACUGGUGCUGAUCGUGUUCGCGGCUCUGUUUAACGGUUAUGUGAUCAUCAUGUGCGGGGUUGUUUACUCUCCGGAUAAACUGAACACGCUCGCUGUGGCGGCAGGUGGGAUGGCGUCGGAUAUUCUGCUCUACAUCACAUCCCGGUUCCGUUUGCUCCCUGUGCACGUGUCCGCGAGCUUUGUGCCGUACGCGCUGUGGCUGCUCAUCAUGGUCCACGUGCUGUGUUACUUCAGCUUGAACUUCGCGGGGUUUUACGCCGCCGGUGACACGGUGGGAUGGCAGACGUUUUUCAUCUUCUCCUUCUUCCUCAUGCUCCCGCUGUCGCUCGCGCCCAUUGUGUUGCUGAGCGCGCUCUCGUGCUGCGCGCACACGCUGCUGCUGGGAUUCACAAUGUCGCUGAGAAACCAAGACAAACUGCAGCUAACAGUGCUGAUUAGACAGCUCGUGGCGAAUCUGAUGCUGUAUUUUGGUGCCAUGCUAGUGGGUGUGAUGUCAUAUUUCAUGGCUGACCGUAAAUACCGCACAGCGUUUCUAGAGGCCAAACAAUCUCUGGAAGUCAGUCUCACGCUGAAGGAACAGAGUCAACAACAGGAAGAGUUAUUGCUGUCCAUCUUACCGAAGCACAUUGCAGAUGAGAUGCUUCAGGGUAUGAAGAAAGGAGCCAAUCAGAAAACAGAUGCUCAACAGUUUAACACCAUGUACAUGUACCGCCAUGAAGACGUCAGUAUCCUUUUCGCAGAUAUCGUAGGUUUUACACAGCUUUCAUCUGCUGUGACUCCUAAAGAACUUGUCAAAGUGCUCAACGAGUUGUUUGCUCGCUUUGACAAACUAGCAGCGCAACACCACCAACUGAGGAUCAAGAUUCUGGGAGACUGUUAUUACUGUAUCUGUGGUUUGCCAGAUUACCGUGAGGAUCACGCCGCCUGCUCCAUUAUGAUGGGCCUUUCUAUGGUGGAAGCCAUCUCCUAUGUGCGUGAAAAAACCCAGACAGGAGUGGACAUGCGUGUUGGAGUUCACUCGGGCACUGUGCUGGGUGGAGUCCUGGGACAGAAGCGCUGGCAGUUUGACGUCUGGUCCACUGACGUGACCGUGGCAAACAAGAUGGAGUCAGGGGGCAUCCCAGGGCGUGUGCACAUCUCUCAGAGCACAAAGGACUGUUUGCAUGAUGAAUUUGAGCUGGAGGAGGGCAAUGGAGGAGAACGCUGCGAUUACCUUCUGGAGAAGGGCAUUGACACGUACUUGGUGGUCAUGGCCAAGGAAACGGCCAAAACGAACGGAGUGAGCAACGGGACAGUGAGUAUCAUGAGCUCUUAAUCUCUGAUCUGCUUUUCUCGCACCAGCGGCAGCAGCACUUCAGUGAAGAACACAGCUGAGGAGUCAGAAACACAGCACCUGCAGUUGCCCAGUAUGACAGAUGAAGGGAUGGAAGAAGAGCAUCUGAAUCUGCUGAGUAAAACUCUGCUGGAGCGAGAGGCCGAGGAGAUUCUGGAGGAGAGGAAGACGUCCCCUCUGUCUCUGAGGUUUGAGGAUCCUGACCUGGAGUCUCGCUACUCAGCAGAAAAGGAGAGACAGACGGGUGUUGCGUUCAGCUGUUGUUGUGCUGUUCUGAUCUUCACUUCAGCCAUGGAAAUCCUCAUAGAUCCUCAGUUGAUUGUGAAUUAUGUGACUCUGGCCAUUGGUGAGCUGUUACUGCUGAUUUUGACUUUGUGUUCACUAGCGGCCAUCUUUCCUCGAGUGUUUUCUCGGAGACUGGUGUCGUUCUCGCAGUGGAUCGACCGCACACGAUGGGCUCGUAAUACAUGGGCCAUGGCCGCUAUAUUUGUUCUGACCAUGGCAGAGGUGGCCGAUAUGCUGAGUUGUGUUCAGCCUCCUCUGCUGCUGCUGAACUCUUCCUCCGGUGUGACGCUGGAGUCUCUGGGUAACGGUGGAUGUGCUGAAAACCCCAAACACUACGGUUAUAUUUCAGUGCUGUCGCUGGUGGCCACUGUCAUGCUGGUGCAGCUCAGCCAUGUGGUCAAACUGGCACUCAUGCUGCUGGUCACCAUAGCAACAGGAGCUGUAAACAUCCACAGCUGGAUGUAUAUUUACGACAUCUACGAUUUCAUCCGCUACCUGGACUACAGGUAUUCAGUGGUUCCAACCAGAUAUCUGCUGACUGUAAUGAUUAUCAUCAUGAUGUUGGGUUUCUACUACUUUGCACGUCACGUGGAAAGACAGUCCCGUAAGCUCUUUCUGUGGAAGAUUGAGGUGACGGAUCAGAAGGAGAAAGUGUAUGAAAUGAGGACAUACAACGAGGCGCUGGUCACAAACAUGCUUCCCGAACACGUGGCCAAACACUUCCUGGGCUCCAAGAAGCGAGAUGAGGAGCUUUACAGUCAGUCGUAUGACGAGAUCGGCGUGAUGUUUGCCUCUAUUCCCAACUUCUCCGACUUUUACACAGAGGAGAGUAUAAACAACGGAGGGCUUGAAUGCCUGAGAAUCCUUAAUGAGAUCAUCUCUGACUUCGACAGCCUUCUGGAUCGCACCGAAUUUCGCCACAUCACAAAGAUCAAGACCAUCGGCAGCACAUACAUGGCAGCGUCAGGAGUCACGCCGGAGAGCAACACUAAUGGAUACACCGACCGCAAGAUAGAGGAUCAGUCCCUCCUGGAUCGCUGGCAACACUUCGCUGAUUUGGCAGAUUUUUCGCUUGCUAUGAAAGUGAUGCUUGGAAACCUAAACAAGCAGUCGUUCAAUAACUUCAUGCUGCGCAUCGGUCUGAAUAAGGGAAGUGUUUUAGCUGGAGUCAUCGGUGCUCGUAAACCUCAUUUCGAUAUUUGGGGAAACACUGUGAACGUGGCCAGCCGUAUGGAGUCCACCGGGGUCAUGGGAAACAUACAGGUGGUGGAAGACUGCUAUAACAUCCUGAAGGAAUACGGUUUUCGUUUCGUCAGAAGAGGACCCAUCUACGUCAAAGGAAAAGGAGAACUGCUGACUUUCUUCAUGAAAGGCAAAGACCCUGUUGAGAAGACGACCGGCAUGACUCUCCCACAUCAGAUACAAGGCAAAUCCUGAGAUCAGGGAGGAAAAAAAGGACAUUGAUGCUUUGUU